AAGGACUACUACACCUCUGGCCACCUCUGGAGAGACGCGGAUCACGCUAGACAUGUCUUCAGACCUGCGCAAGAGACAGACAAAGAAAGAUGAAGUCAUCCGACAAAAGAUGGAGAAGGAUCUAGCAAAGAAGCGCCCAACAGCAGCGCGCUCACGGACAGCAUCGCGUAAAGCAACACCAGGAACUGUCUCCAGUCUCAAGCCGACACCGCCCAUGACGGUACCUGCAGAUAUGACUGUUCAUGAAGCUGCUCAACUCAUGGCUGCUAAGCGCGAAGACUGUGUCCUCGUCAUUUCUGAUGAAUCGCACCUCUCUGGCAUCUUCACAGCCAAAGACCUCGCCUUCCGUGUCGUCAGUCAGGGCAAGAACCCAAGUCACACACCUGUCUCUGAGAUCAUGACACCGAAUCCAAUGUGCACACGCGUCGAUACUUCCGCCACAGAAGCCCUUGAUCUGAUGGUCACGCGUGGAUUCAGACAUCUACCGGUCGUGGAUGAAGAAGGUGACGUCUCGGGCGUUUUGGAUAUCACGAAAUGCUUCUACGAAGCCAUGGAGAAGUUGGAACGCGCGUAUGCCUCCUCCAAGAAACUCUACGAAGCGCUGGAAGGCGUACAGACUGAGAUGGGUGGAUCGCAACAGCCUGCGCAAAUCAUUGAGUAUGUGGAGACGUUGCGCCAGAAGAUGUCUGGGCCAGAGUUGGCUGGUGUGCUGGAUGGGACACCACCAACAUGGGUGACUGUCAAGACGAGUGUUCGUGAAGCCACCACACUCAUGCGCGAGAAUCACACGACAGCGGUACUUGUGAUGGAUGGUGAUAAGCUCGCUGGUAUCUUUACAAGCAAAGACGUCGUGCUACGUGUGAUUGCACCAGGCCUCGAUUCUGGUGUCUGCUCUGUCGUUCGUGUCAUGACACCUCACCCAGACUGUGCACCGCAACACAUGUCGAUUCAGGAUGCACUGCGAAAGAUGAAUGAUGGACAUUACCUGAACCUUCCAGUGACGGAUGAGGAAGAUACAAUCAUUGGCAUGGUCGAUGUCUUGAAAUUGACGUAUGCCACACUUGAACAAGUCCACAGUAUGAAUACCGCAGGCGAUGAAGGUCCCAUGUGGAAUAAAUUCUGGACCUCUGUGGGUGGUGCAGGCGAGGAAGAUUCAGCGAGUGCUGUCUCGGGAAGCGAUGUCCCUUCAACGCGUCAUUCCACCACAAAUCGUACAGGCUCCCGACAAGCCAUCACUCCUGGCGGUCUGGAUCGGCCUCAAGUUAUCAAUCCUUUUACGGAUACCGUUUCGCCACUACCCAUCACACAUGAAGAGUACGAUAGCCCCGUUCGGCCAGGGGAUUCCAUUUCAGCGCACCAGGAUUCUGAUAAUCCAUUUGAUACGGCAGUGCCUUUUGCCUUCAAGUUCAAGACACCUGCCGGAAAGAUUCACCGACUCGCCUUUGCAGUGACAUCUGGUCUUGCACCCUUGCGCGAAGCACUCGUUGAGAAACUCAGCACGGAGGAUCGUUUGACCUUGACGGAAGAGUUUGGUAUCAGUUAUGUGGAUGAUGAUGGUGAUAUCGUGAGUAUCACUUGUCAUGAAGAUCUACUCGAAUCCGUAAAACUCGCAAAACGCGCGAAACGAGACAAAGUGGAGUUGUACCUGCAUCAUCCAGAUCAAGUUGCUGUGACAACGCCAGCUGUACCGCUACAGCAGCAACCGAGAUUGUCGAGAGCUGUAUCGGGGUUGUCCUCACAUGUAGAUGCUGUCGAGGCGGCACCGGCUGCCAUCACUGCGUCUGCUGCAUCUGCUCCGGAGAAAGAGGUGGAAACUCACUCAGAGAAACGCAGCAGUCCAGCUCAGGGCAGUACGAAUGAUUUACUGAUUCCUGGGGCACUGGUAGUCUUGGCCAUUGCCAUUGUGGGGGUGUUUGCCGUGAGUAGAGCAUCCAAGUAGACUUUCACAACAGACAAGGUGGAUUAUAGGAGAUCAAAUGGAAGCAUGAAAAUAAUAUUCAGUAAUGACUCGGGUCUCUUAGAGCAGCCUUUUGCCGUAAUACACAACACU